UCUUCCGCGCUCGCAGCGGCCUCCAUUUUGUCGGAAAAGGUAGAAGGAGCUUGGUUGAAGACGGAACUGGGGUCUGUGACUUGCUCGCGGGCAGUGUUUGAUCGGUGCAUCGUUUCUCCCUGGAAAGGGAGGGAGGCUUGGAGGUCGAGAGGGAGUCACCGCUGCCGCCCGAACUCGAAGUCGCUAGGACUUCUCUCAAACUUGUGUGCUGAGGAGACUCGAUGUUGGCCUCAGCUCCUAGGCUGAAAUCAGCAGAUUGGCUCAUGAAAACUUAUGUACUGAGACAAAGAAAAGGAUCUAGCAGAAAGCAGCAUCUCUUAUCCUGGGCUUGGCAGCAGGGAAGAGGACAAGGAGUGGAAAUCCUGCAAUCUGAAAAGCAGACUGAAAGGUGACAAAGAAGCUGAAGAUGGGUGGUGGAGAGAGGUAUAACAUUCCAGCCCCCCAAUCUAGAAAUGUUAGUAAGAACCAACAGCAGCACAGUAGACAGAAGACCAAGGAUCAGAAUCCCCAGAUGAAGACCGUUCACAAGAAAAAAGAAAGAGGACAUGGGUACAGUCCACCGGCAGCUGCAUGGCAGGCCAUGCAGAAUGGGGGAAAGAACAAGAGCCUCGCUAACAACUCCAAUUGGAAUGCUAGCUUAUCAAGUCCAAGCUUGCUUUUUAAGCCUCAAGCUAACCAAAACUAUGCCGGAGCCAAAUUUAGUGAACCACCAUCACCAAGUGUUCUCCCCAAGCCACCCAGCCACUGGGUUCCUGUUUCAUUGAGCCCUUCAGAUAAGGAAAUAAUGACAUUUCAACUCAAAACCCUACUUAAAGUCCAGGUUUAAAAUCUUAAGUACUACUUUUAAAUUUUGUGAUAUUCACACAGCCAUCAGUUAAGGUUUGACUUUAGGGAAGUUUUAUAUAAAACUGCUAAUUUAUAAGUAUAAACAGACAUUUAUGUACUGUAUGGAGUAUUAGGAUAGUUUAAUUCUACUUGGUAGUUUUGCUAAUUGAAGCUUAGAUUUGGGGAUCAAUAACUAGCUUUUUUAUUGUCUAACAUGAACCGAAACAACAAAAAAAGACAAUAAGCAUUUAGCUGAGAUAUACAAAGACUGCAAAGAAGGUGCACAGUUGAGUUACAUGUAGGGACCCAAACCAUAACAUCAUGGGCAUCUUUGUAAGUAGCUGCUCAUCUGUUUGUGGUAAAUGUGUAAAGGGCAUUUGGAGCUUAUUAGAAUUAGGUUAAGUAGAUGGCCCAGUGGUCAUUUCCUAAAGGCAGUGGGCAGGCAUUUAUGUACCAAAUUUUUUUUCAAUCAAAUUGUUGACUAGCUUUCAAAGAAAAAUUUUAUUUGAUAGCAUCCUACAAAGCUACUGAUCUGGACUCACCCCUACAAAGCUUGCUUUGCAGGGAGUUGUGUAUGUGAAAAUUAAAUACCUACAGAAGAAAAGAGCCAUGUAAAUACAUGUAAUACGCUUGUAACAUAUGUAAAGUUUUCUGGCCUUUAUUCUAAAAAGACUAUUUUUAGUGUGAAUUUGCUGAAUGUAAGACCAUGGACUUUUUUUUUUAAUACUAUGGCCUAAUUUUAGAGGUCUCCAGUUUUAAAAAAUUGCUCUUGUGCUUAAGUGCCAGUGUACUGAUGUGAUUGACCAGAUUGUGACCCAUACAAAGUAAAUCUAUUAUUGUAUUAAAUUUUGUAUCAAAAGGCUGUAAGCUAAGACAUUUCCUGUCUUUAGAGAUUUAAGAUUCUUUCCACCUUUUUAAAUACAGAGAUUAAUUUUGACUUUAUCAAAUCCUAAAAUUAUUAAGUGACCUAGGAUUAUUUGUGUAAAGUUUUCAGUGCUUAUAAGCAAAAUAGUCAAUUAAGUUCAAAACAAAUACUGCCCAAAUCAAACAUUAAGUAUCCUAAGGGACAAGUCUAUAAAAUUGUAUGAUUUUGAAGUGCAAAAUUCAGAAAUAAAAUUUUUUUCCUCCCCAA